AUGUCUCAUAACGAGACAGAACUCAAAGCGGCAAAGCAGGCUCGCGCUGCUCACGCACGCACGCGUAUAGCAGCGGCCAAGGUCAAACGCGACAAGCUCAAGGCCGCCAAGCAGGCGCGAGCCGCCCACGCCCGUAGCGCUAAAAAGACCAGUCAGCAUCCCCCAUCUGUUGUCAGUUCACGGCUAACUGAGGAUGCAGAUGCGAAGGCUUGA